AUGUCCACAUCAGUUCUAUUACAUCCCGAGGAAUUAUGGAGACCAAAAGAUACUUCUAAUACAGAAAUCGAAAAAUUUCGUAUCAAAGUCAAUAAGAAAUAUCAACUUAAUUUAGAGAAUUAUCAACAACUGUGGCAAUGGUCGGUUGAGAAUAUUCAAGAAUUUUGGGCAGAAGUAUGGGAUUAUACGAAGAUAAUUUACUCGGUUCCUUACAGACAAGUGUUGGAAGAUAAACCUAUGGAUCAAAUACCAGCGUGGUUUCUAGGGGCAAGACUUAAUUUUGCAGAAAAUUUAUUAUGGUGUAGAGAUAGAAAUAAAAUUGCAAUAAUUUCCGCAGGCGAGAGGCGACCAUUAACGAACAUGACAUAUCACGAAUUAUACGUGCAAGUAAACAAAUUAUCAAAAGCAUUACGUAAACUAGGAGUAAACAAAGGAGACAGAGUGGGUGCAUAUAUAUCGAAUUGUUGUGAGGGGGUAAUAGCAAUGUUAGCAACAACAAGUAUAGGAGCAAUUUGGAGUAGUACAUCAACAGAUUUUGGUGUUACAGGAGUAUUAGAUAGGUUUUGUCAAAUUCACCCUAAAAUAUUGUUUUCUGUUAAUUCUAUAAUAUAUAAUGAAAAAGAAUACAAUCAUCUAGAUAAGUUAAAAGUUGUGGUCGAAAAGUUAAAGGAUGAGGGAUUAGAGAAAGUUAUUAUCAUUCCCUUUGUAGGGAAAAUCGGAGAAGAGAUUAAGGGUAUUCCUUUAGCGUGUUCUUGGAGUCAUUUCAUAUCACAAGGAGAAAGAGAAGCAGCACAAGAAAAAGAAAUACAAUUUGAACAACUACCAUUUGACCAUCCAGUUUAUAUCCUUUUUAGUUCGGGCACGACAGGGAAACCAAAAUGUUUAGUACAUAGAUCCGGUGGACUAUUAAUUCAACACAAAAAAGAACAUAUAUUACAUGGUAAUAUGACAGAAAAUGAUGUUUUCUUUUAUUAUACUACCACUGGAUGGAUGAUGUGGAAUUGGUUAGUUUCCGGGUUAAGUGUUGGAUGUAGUAUUGUAUUAUAUGAUGGUAGUCCUUUUAAACCUUCUCCUGCUAUUCUUUGGAAAUUAGCUGAACAAUUAGGAAUAACGAUAUUUGGUACAUCGGCAACAUACAUAAAAAGUUUACAAGAUGUAGAAUAUAAACCCAAAUCUCGUCAUGACUUGACAAAACUUCGUAUGAUAUUAUCGACAGGAUCACCUCUUAAACCAGAAAGUUUUGAUUUCGUUUAUAAAGAAAUUAAGGAUGAUUUAGUGCUAGGCAGCAUUACAGGCGGUACAGAUAUUUGUUCUUUAUUUGCUGGUCACAAUGUCGCAUUACCUGUUUAUAAAGGCGAAAUACAAUGUAUUUGUCUAGGUAUGAAAGUCGAAGCUUGGAAAGGUCAAGGUAAUUCUGUGUCUGCGGAAUCAGCAGAUUUGGUAUGUACAGUACCAUUUCCAUGUAUGCCGAUUUACUUUUGGAAUGACACACCUUCACAUGAUUUAUAUCGUUCAGCAUACUUUACAACUUAUAACCGAGUAUGGUAUCACAGUGAUUUCAUAUUUAUCAAUCCUAAUACAGGUGGGAUAGUAAUGUUGGGUAGAAGUGAUGGGACUCUUAAUCCUGGUGGUGUAAGAUUUGGUAGCGCUGAAAUAUAUAAUGUAAUAGAUAAAGAUUUUAGGAAAGAAGGUGUAAUAGAUAGUUUAGUAGUUGGACAAAAAAUUGGUUCAAAUAAUAAGGGAGAGGAACGCGUUGUAUUAUUUUUAAAAAUGGAUGCGGAAAGAAAGUGUGAUAAACAACUAGUUGAAAAUAUAAAGAAAAAAAUUAGGGAUCAAUUAAGUCCUAGGCAUGUUCCGUCAUUCAUCUUACCUAUUGAUGACAUUCCGUAUACUGUUAAUGGUAAAAAAGUUGAAGUUGCCGUGAAAAAAAUCAUUUCCGGUGAAACUGUUGUUCCUUCUGGUGUUCUUGCUAAUCCAGAUAUCUGGCGAUUCAAAUUCGAUUUUCAAGAUGUUCUAAAUAUUUUAAAUUAUUAG